CACCAUCUUCAUAGCAAUCAACGUACGUACUCGUUUUGAAUCUACUAAAAUGAAGAUCAACUCGUGCUUGCUUUUUGCACUUCUUCUUCUUCUUGUUUCAUGCACUUUGGCUGUGGAGACAUCGCAGCAGGAGACAACCACUGAGCAGAAACCCGAAGAAGCUGCUUAUGGUGGAGGUGGUGGAUGGGGAUGUCGCCAUGGAUGCUGUUAUCAUGGAUAUAGAGGAGGUUGUGCAAGAUGUUGCUCCUCGCCAGAAGAGGCCAAGGCCUUUGCGGAAAGACAAGCUCACCCUCAAAAACCCUAAUAAGUAAAUUCGCAUGCAGUUGCAGUAGCUAGCUGCGAUAACAAAUCCAUGUAUUUGGUAUAUAUUCACUAAAUAAAUAAAACAAUACAUGGUGUUGUAAUAGAGCUAUAAAUAAGAGUUUAAUGUGGAAAAUAGGAUCUUUUUCCACCUUUUGGAGUAUA